CACGCUCCGUGCUCCUCUUUCCUCACCUGUAAUACAGGACAUAACAGCACUGAUCUAAGGACUCAGAGACAAUGCUCAGAAAGUGCUUAGAAUCACGCCUGGCUGAUAGCGCUUGGAGUCUGGCUUUGCAUUUUUCUGUCUGGGUCGGACACUCGCCAAAUUCGCUAAAAGGAUCAUGUGGAGCUGCUCAGAGCACCUGCUGAAAACUGCGUUUCAGGGAUCCUCACGCAACCCGGAAGGAAGGCAAGGGCGUGGCCGCUAAACCUGAGGGCGCCCGGCCUGCGCACGCGGACGUGGACGGGAACCCUGUCUGCAGGCCCCCAACGUGCGUCUCUUCUCUCUGCCUCCAUCCCAGCCAAGGACAAGGACUUCUCCCCCGGAAGGCCUCCCCCAGCUGAAGGAACGUUCCAGGUCUUCCCUCGGACCUGGCUGCGCGCCCGGUGCCGGCUCUGACGUGAUUUCCUCUCCCCCCAGGACUGGCCCUGCUCGCUCCUCGUGGCCUCCCUCGCGGACGCCUUGGGCUCCUCCUUCCUCUAGGCUACAACCUGUCGGUGGUGAACGCCCCUGCCCCGGAAGCACACUUUGCUGGCUAAUAAUGGGUUUGCAAUUUCUGCUGCAUUGCUGAUGGCCUGCUCACUCCAGGCAGGAGCCUUUGAAAUGCUCAUCCUGGGAUGCUUCAUCAUGGGCAUAGAUGGAGGCAUCGCCCUCAGUGUGCUCCCCAUGUACCUCAGUGAGAUCUCACCCAAAAAGAUCCGUGGCUCUCUGGGGAAGGUAACUGCCAUCUUUAUCUGCAUUGGCGUGUUCACUGGGCAGCUGCUGGGCCUGCCCGAGCUGCUGGGAAAGGAGAGUACCUGGCCAUACCUGUUUGGAGUGAUUGUGGUCCCUGCCGUUUUCCAGCUGCUGAGCCUGCCCUUUCUCCCGGACAGCCCACGCUACCUGCUCUUGGAGAAGCACAACAAGGCGAGAGCUGUGAAAGCCUUCCAGACGUUCUUGGGUAAGGCAGAUGUUUCCCGAGAGGUAGAGGAGGUCCUGGCUGAGAGCCGCGAACAUCUGUCUGGUGUCUGUGCUGGAGCUGCUGAGAGCUCGCUACGUCCGCUGGCAGGUGGUCACCGUGAUUGUCACCAUGGCCUGCUACCAGCUCUGUGGCCUCAACACGAUUUGGUUCUAUACCAACAGCGUCUUUGGAAAAGAUCCCUCCAGCAAAGAUCCCGUAUGUCACCUUGAGUACAGGCGGCAUCGAGACUUUGGCUGCCGUCUUCUCUGGCUUGGUCAUUGAGCACCUGGGAUGGAGACCCCUCCUCAUUGGUGACUUUGGGCUAAUGGCCCUCUUCUUUGGGACCCUCACCAUCACACUGACACUGCAGGACCAUGCCCCCUGGGUCCCCUACCUGAGUAUCGUGGGCAUUUUGGCCGUCAUCGCCUCUUUCUGCAGUGGGCCAGGUAAGGCGCCCCUCCCUCCUCACUGCCCCGCCCAGGGGCUCAUGGCAUCACCAAGCUGGGGAGCUCUCCUCAUACAGAUGGGGCACCCAGAGCCCAGAAGAAGCAAAGCCUGACUGGAGAUGUGUGUCUGCUGCCUUCCUUUUGGCCCGAUUGAAAUGUAGCCGGCUGUCGGCAGUCUACCCCACAGAAGGUGAAAACGGGCUCACCUGAAGAUGAGUGGGAGAUAAUAUCCCACCGCUCAGCAAGAGCAGGUCACACGCGGGAGGGCUCGGAGCCAGAGGCGACACUGGUUUGUGAUGAAUCAAAGACAACCAAGUCACACAGUCUGUGCCUAAGCAGUUACGGUCUAGGGUGAAAGAUGUGGCAAUAAUCAUGGCCAUGUCAAAGACAUAUUAAUCAUUGAUUUUGUGUUAUACUUGGCUAAGAACUUGACCUGUGUAAGCUCACUUAAGGCUCAGGACAGUUCCAAAGAAGACAGAGAUGGAAGGUGACUUGCAUGAGUGAGUAGGUGGAGUGGCCUAACUGCCAGGCCCAGGUCCCCACCAACAGCUUGCAUGGUACCUGUGUGAGUGUGCAACUGGAGUAUCCCGGUCUCAGUUUACCCAGCACUCAUUUCUAGCCCUGCUGUUUCCUAGCCAUGGGUCAGUAGGAGAGACGACUUCUUUUUGUUAGCUCAGUUUCCCCAUCUGUACAAUGACAAAGAUGCAAUGCGACUGAGGAUCCUACCAUUCCCUGGCUCUGUGUCCAUGUCCAGCAGGGACCUCCAGCAGAGGCCAAGGUCACACUGAGAAGGGGGGCUUCUCGGUCUUUUCGUUUCUUUCUAGUUGGCAAAUCAGCUUGGCUGAGGAUGAAUUAAAAGCAUGUUGAUUUUCGUGGUUGCAGCCAUUCCUGCUUCAGGUAUUAACUCAAUGCAGAGGUCAACAACAAUCUUUGGUCUUUGUCUCCUAAAUUCGAAGACCCCUAAAUCUUAGCACUUGGUGUUGAAAUGAAGUCUGUGCUGACACAUGCAAAUGUUCACAAUUAACUGAGGCAGAGCACGACAUGGGAAUGACUUCAGAGCUGGAGGAAGGUCAUCUGGCAGACGAGGAAAGCUUCCAGGGGCUAAGACGAAUUAGAAUUAAGUCAUCCCAAGUUUGGAAAGACCAUAAAGAUUUUCUAGUUCAGUCAUUUAUCAGAAGUUUAAGUCCUAGUCAUGGUUUCCCUGCCAGGAAUUCCUUCAGCCAUGGCUUGAUUACAUCUUUUGACGGGGAACUCACCACCUCACAAAACAGGCAAUUCUAUGUCCACAGGUCAGAUUUGGUCCUGGCCCAUUUUGUAUGACCCACCAGCCAAGAAUGG